CGGUGCGCACGUGGACACUGCGCUCACUUCCGUUUGAAGAUGGCGGCGUGCGUGUGGUGGCGGACUGUGCAGAGAGGAGCGCAGAGUGCGGCGGUUUUCCUCAGCAGGAGGAAGGUGGUGAGAGAGAGCCCCAGAAGAUGGCUGAACCUGCAGGAGUACCAGAGCAAGAAGCUGAUGCAGGACAGCGGCGUGACCGUCCAGCGCUUCUUUGUGGCGGACAACCCUACCGAAGCCCGGGAUGCUGCCAAGAGGCUCAAUGCUAAAGAGAUUGUGCUAAAGGCUCAGAUUCUGGCAGGGGGUCGGGGUAAAGGAGUGUUUGACAGUGGCCUUAAAGGAGGAGUGCACUUAACCACAGAUCCUGCAGUGGUGGGUGAGUUGGCCAGUAAGAUGCUCGGCUACAACCUGACCACCAAGCAGACGCCUAAGGACGGAGUGAAGGUGAAAACGGUGAUGGUGGCUGAAGCUCUGGACAUCUCCAGGGAGACAUACUUUGCAAUCCUGAUGGACCGUGCUUGUAACGGGCCUGUCAUGGUGGGCAGUCCACAGGGGGGCAUGGACAUUGAGGAAGUGGCAGCCAGAACACCAGAGCUCAUCUUUAAGGAAGCCAUAGAUAUUUUCGAAGGUGUUCGAGAUGACCAGGCACUGCGUAUGGCAGCUAAUUUGGGCUUCAAAGGGCCACUGGAGAGGCAGGCUGCAGAUCAGAUUAAGAAGCUCUAUGAUCUGUUCCUGAAAGUCGACGCCACUCAAGUGGAAGUCAAUCCACUCGGAGAGACUCCCCAAGGACAAGUUGUGUGCUUCGAUGCCAAAAUAAACUUUGACGACAACGCCGAGUUCCGCCAGAAAGCCGUCUUCGCCAUGGAUGACACGGCCGAGAGUGACCCCAUCGAAACCGAGGCGGCCAAAUAUGACCUCAAAUACAUCGGCCUGGAUGGAAACAUCGCCUGCUUUGUAAACGGUGCCGGCCUCGCUAUGGCAACAUGUGACAUCAUUGACCUGCACGGCGGCAAACCAGCUAACUUCCUGGACCUGGGAGGAGGAGUGAAGGAGAACCAGGUGUACGCAGCUUUCAAGCUGCUCACUGCUGACCCGAAGGUGGAGGCCAUUCUGGUGAAUAUCUUUGGUGGGAUUGUGAACUGUGCCAUCAUCGCUAACGGCAUCACUAAAGCCUGUAGAGAGCUGGAGCUCAAGGUGCCCCUGGUCGUCCGGCUGGAAGGAACCAACGUGCAUGAGGCCAAGCGGAUCCUUUCAGAGAGCGGCCUGCCCAUUACUGCGGCCAGCGACCUUGACGACGCAGCCAGGAAAGCAGUGGCUGCUAUCGCUAAGAAAUGAUACACACACAUGCUUAUACAGUAAUCUUUUCCUUAUCCACAUGCACUCAUCAAUCAUGCAAGUAGAAGAUCACACUCACUGCACUAAACUGGCCUUGCCAGGCCCCCCCAUCCAGUCUCUUUAAAGUUUAGGCCCCUCCAGCUGAGCUAUGGACAGGUUUAAGGGAUCAAACCUGCCUUAAAGUGAUGAAUUCCUGUUCAAAUAGCUUUUAACCUGACAUGUGGAAGAUUUCCAGUGUUUUUCAUACUAAUGUGGAUCAGCUGCAUCUGUAGCGUGUGUUUGAUUGCCA